GACGUAUACAGAAAGUUCUUCCCAUCUUGUCAGAGAUUUGUAUUAAACAUGUAAUAGCAGGAAAGGAAGAAAAGGAUUAUUCUAUUUUAGACGCAUCCGGUGGAUGUAAUUACCCCUAGGGGUGGGGUCUGCUGUCAUUUAAAGCCAAAGAAGUGAAAAAAUUAUGUUGAUCACGUAAGGAACAUCACUGGAUGAUAUAAUUAUGGCGCGACCUAUUGUACCUAGUCAACAAAAGUUGGCUGAGAAGCUAACUAUUUUAAAUGACAGAGGUAUUGGAAUGUUAACCCGUAUUUAUAACAUAAAGAAGGCAUGUGGUGAUGCAAAAUCAAAGCCUGGUUUUCUUUCCGACAAAACUCUGGAGUCUUCUAUCAAGACAAUUGUCAGAAAGUUUCCUAAUAUUGACAUUAAAGGGCUUCAGACAAUUACAAACCUCCGUAAUGAGAUUAUUAAAUCUCUAUCUUUAUAUUAUUAUACUUUUGUUGAUCUGCUAGAUUUUAAAGAUAAUGUUUGUGAACUUUUGACUACAAUGGAUGCUUGCGGUGUACACAUGGAUAUCACAAUAAAUUUUGAUUUAACCAAAGGUUAUCUGGAUCUGGUUGUUACGUACGUCAGUUUGAUGAUACUUUUAUCGCAAGUAGAAGAUCGUAAAGCAGUCUUAGGAUUAUUUAAUGCAGCGCAUGAAAUGGUACACAGUCAAUCUGAUCCUAGUUUUCCUCGUUUGGGUCAAAUGAUUAUGGAUUACGAUGCACCACUGAAAAAGCUUUCAGAAGAAUUCGUGCCACACUUUAAAUUAUUGAAAAAUGCUCUCACUUCUUUGUGGCCUAUUUAUCCUGGAAGAAACUUAUCUGCAGAUACAUGGAGAGCAGAUCAAAAACUAAGUCUUGUUGGUAGUCCUGGAAAGAUACUUAAAGCAGCAGCAACAGAUACUAUGUCAUGUGAAACUUUAAGCUUGGACAGAAUAGAAAGAUGGAUUAUUUUAGGAUUUACACUUUGUCAUUCAUUUUUGAUACAUGAACAGCCUAGUAAACUCUGGACCACAGCUUUAGAGUCAGGCUGGGUAUUGGCUUUGUUUAGAGAUGAAGUAAUUUAUAUUCAUCACCACAUACAAACAUUUUUUGAAAGUAUAAAGGGAUACAGCAAAAGAGUAUCUGAAGUGAAAGAUUGUUAUAAUCAGGCAGUACAAAAAGCUGGUUACAGGCACAGGGAAAGAAGAAAAUUUUUAAGAACAGCACUAAAGGAACUAGGUUUAAUCUUAACCGACCAACCUGGUCUUCUGGGACCAAAAGCAUUGUUGGUUUUAAUGGGACUUUCUCAUGCAAGAGAUGAAGUUCUAUGGCUUUUAAGACAUGGUGUUAAUCCACCAACACAAGGAAAGGGCAAAGGAAGAGGAGGAGAGGAUUUAGUGGAUCGUCAAUUGCCAGAAUUAUUAUUUCACUGUGAAGAAUUAAGAGCAUUAGUAAAGAAAUAUUCUCAAGUACUCCAAAGGUAUUAUGUACAAUUUCUGUCAGGAUUUGAUGCACCCGCUUUAGAUCAAAUGAUUCAAAAUCUUCCAGUUUGUCCUGAAGAUGAAGGAGCAAUUCUUAGUGACAUGUGUUCAAAGAUAGCUAUUAUGACGGUGAAACAAGUUGAAGACAAUGAACUUUUUGACUUCCGUGCUUUUCGAUUGGAUUGGUUCAGAUUACAAGCAUAUAUGUCCAUUGCAAAAUGUAAUAUGAACCUAGCUGAUAAUAGAGAAUUAGCAUCCUUUAUGGAUACUGUAGUAUUUCAUACUAAAAUGGUUGAUAAUUUGGAUGAAAUGUUGGUGGAAACAUCUGAUUUAUCCAUCUUUUGCUUCUAUAGUAAAGUGUUUGAAGAUCAGUUUCACAUGUGCUUGGAAUUCCCUGCUCAAAACAGAUAUAUUGUUGCAUUUCCUCUAAUAUGUAGUCAUUUUCAAAGCUGUACACAUGAACUCUGCCCAGAAGAACGUCAUCAUAUUCGAGAAAGAAGUCUUUCUGUUGUCAACAUGUUUUUGGAUGAAAUGGCUAAGGAAGCAAAAAAUAUUAUUACAACUAUUUGUGAUGAACAGUGUAAUAUGAGCGACAAACUGUUACCAAAACAUUGUGCUCUAUUGAUCUCACAAGUGGUGAAUCGGAAAAAGAAGGAUAAAAAUAAGAAAAAUAUGUAUGAAAUCCAUAAGCCUGGUAUAGAAAGUUAUAGGAAAACAAGAGAAGAACUGACCACAAUGGAUAAACUUCAUAUGGCAUUAACAGAAUCAUGUUACGCUAUUAAUUAUUGUCCUACUAUUAAUGUAUGGGAAUAUACUUUUGCGCCAAGAGAAUAUCUGCAUCAGCAUUUAGAAUCAAGAUUUGCCAGAGCACUUGUUGGAAUGGUUAUGUACAAUGCAGACACUAGUGAAAUUGCUAAACCAUCGGAACUGUUUGUUAGUGUUCGAUCUUAUAUGAAUGUCCUUCAAACCGUUGAAAAUUAUGUACACAUAGACAUUACACGGGUUUUCAACAAUGCUCUCCUUCAGCAGACUCAAGAAUUAGACAGCCACGGUGAUAAGACUAUUGCAUCUUUAUACACACAAUGGUAUUCAGAUGUUUUACUAAGAAGAGUUAGCGCUGGGAAUAUUUGUUAUUCGAGUAAUCAAAGAGCAUUUGUUAGUUUAUCAGUGGAGGGGGCGAUACCUUUUAACGCAGAAGAAUUUUCUGAUAUCAAUGAAUUGAGAGCACUAGCUGAACUCAUUGGACCAUAUGGUAUGAAGAUGUUAAGUGAGAACUUAAUGUGGCAUAUAGCGAGUCAAGUGCAACAACUAAAGAAACUGGUUGCUGGAAACAAAGAUGUUCUUAUCUCUCUAAGAACCAACUUUGAUAAACCGGAAGUAAUGAAAGAACAAUUCAAGAGAUUGCAGCAAGUAGAUAACGUACUACAACGAGUUACAAUUAUAGGUGUAAUUUUAAGUUUCCGACAGCUAGCACAGUCUGCGUUAGUCGAUGUCUUGGAAGAACGCAUACCGUUUCUUUUGAGCUCGAUCUUAGACUUCAGGCAUCAUUUACCUUCUGGAGAUCCCAUGCGGGUUGUUUCGGAAAUGACAUCAGCAGCUGGUUUAAAUUGUAAAGUUGAUCCCACGUUAACAGCGGCGUUAAGAAGCCAGAAAGCGGAAGUUGAUGAAGACGAACAUUUAUUAGUUUGUUUGCUGAUGGUCUUCGUUGCGGUUUCAAUUCCAAAACUGGCUCGAAAUGAUAACUCUUUCUACCGUGCAUCCCUGGAAGGCCACUCUAAUAAUAUACAUUGUAUGGCAACAGCUAUAAACAAUAUUUUCGGUGCAUUAUUUACUAUUUGCGGGCAAAAUGAUAUCGAAGAUAGAAUGCAAGAAUUCCUUGCUUUGGCAUCAUCCAGCUUACUUAGACUGGGUCAGGAAGCGGACAAAGAAGCAAUUAAAAAUAGGGAAUCAGUGUACCUUUUGUUGGACCAAAUUGUCCAAGAAUCACCGUUCUUAACGAUGGAUUUAUUAGAAAGUUGCUUCCCGUAUGCAUUGAUACGAAAUGCGUACCACGAUGUGUACAAGCUUGAACAUUCACAGCCAUAAAAGUAUUGAUAAGGGAUGUGUAUACUUUUGCUUGCCACUCACGACUACUUUUUUACGUCCAGU